AUGGACUUCAGGCAUCGAUUUAACGAUGAAAAACCAUCUAGUGCCAGACUGCGCGAGCGCAGCUCGAGCUUUGCGCGCACUGCAUGGCAUGAUUCAACGCACGAGAUGAGUGCUUCACGAAAGGACGACCUCCCGCUGAUAUCCACGGAGGUGCUUGACAUUCCCAGCCAGCGUGCACUAGUGGUGGCCGUGUUCGCCAUUAUUCAAGCAUACAAACUGUAUGACCUGAUACUUCUCAAAUCGGGUCUGCCGGUUGCCGGCGUGCUACUGACCAGCUCCCGGUUCAACUUCAUAUCCAAGUACCUCGUGAUCGACUCACUUUUCUUGUACUUUCUGCCGGGGCUGAAGAUUCCUAAGCUAACUUUUAGACCUGUGGCGGUGCUGCUGCAGAUUAUGGCGGUCACUGCGACAACAGUUUUUUUGUCCAAUGAGCAGAACUUUCCCUUGCUCACCUUCCUAGUUUCUGCGUGGACGAAGUUCAAUGCAAAGGAACUAAGCCUUACGGGUGGUUCUGUCAGCCAGCGCAAGUUGGUAGAUCCCGCAUCGCACUUCAAAGGUGCUCAUACUAUCAAAAUUCUGCCGGAGAACACUGCCAUGCUUAACCCAUUUCAUGACUCUUUCUGCAUUAAUCUGGAUGGCACAAGUGUAGACGACAUCCACAUCCCUCUGAGAAUAAACUCCACGUCUGAAUUGGACUUUGUACAGUUGGAAUAUCACAGUUUGGACUCUCCCGCUAAAGAGCUUUUGAAUUUUACAAAAAAGCAGCUUGUCGAAGUUCCAAGAUCGCACGAGUUGUUCCAAAGGGACCGUGCCUCCCACCACAAUUCGAUUCGGUACUUCCUGCUCCCUGUGGAAGAAAUUGGUCUGUACAAAGUCAAGCAAGUUAUCGAUUCCAAGAAGUUUCAUCUCAGGCUCUAUAAGUCUGAAGUCAUCAUUCCGCACUGCCCUUGGGGUGUGAUUGCUGGAUUAGGCAACUUUGACAGAUGCGUUGGUGAUUCUAAUAAAGUUUCUAUUGAAGUCCACGGUGUCCCACCUAUGGAACUUGAGUAUACCCGCUCUUUGAACGGCGAGUCUUCGAAAUUCGUUGAUUCAAGCCUUCAGCCAGAAUAUUUUGAUUCUCCUUUGAUGUUCAAUCAGAAGGCCUACACCGCUGAAAACCUGGCGGACUUAAAGUGGGCUCGAAGCUACCCGGUUACCAUCAAUUUAGAAGCCUUACUGAAGGACGAUGGUGUGCACUCCUACACUUUGCAAAGGGUGGUUGAUGGAUUUGGCAACAAAAUGGAUUUCUCGGGCUUGUCUUCUAGUCUUUUGGAAAAGUAUGGGCUUUCUUACAGCUUCAAAGUCCACGACCUUCCAAAGGCUACACUCGAUUCUAAAUUUGAUCACAACUCUCCCACGAAAAGAUCCUUGGAAAUCAAGUUUGAAUCUUCUAGAGAUUGGGAUGAUGCUGUUCCAUAUAAAGCAGCUAUCGAGGUCAUAAACGAUUCAGAAGAGAGGUCAAUCUUGGAAUAUGAGCUGAAAAAACCAGUUACUGAGAUUCCUAUCGACCAGCCAGGCACCUACAGGCUAGAAUCUGUGGGGUCCAAGUUCUGUUCAGGUAUUGUUGUUGACAAGUCAAACAUUUUGGUAACACAACCUAUUCCUCCACGCUUAGAGGUGAAGUCAACACCUAUAUUAGAUCAGUGUGUUGGGCAAGUCGGUUUGAAUUUUGACCUUACAUUCACAGGUGUCCCACCAUUUUACUACAGGACCAAGAUUUACAAAAUCGAGGGCAAAGAGCGCAAGCUGCACGAUGCAAAGAAGUUCACUUCUCAAGGCACUAGGAAUCAAUUCCACUACAGCCCCUCAUCGGAAGGAAACUACGAAAUUGUUUUUGACCAAAUCUCAAAUACUUUGUUCACAAAAGCCAUACCCCUGAGCCCUGUUGAAGAUUACACCUUUAAAACCUCAAUGAGAGUUAAGCCAGACGCCGCUAUUUCAUCUCAUUACGCAACACAACUUUGUCUAGGAAGCAGAAGCAAGGUUCCUGUUGCCUUCAAGGGUGAACCACCGUUUUCUUUGGAAUAUGAUAUCCUUGAGACAUCAACAAAUAAAAGGGUGACUUACUCACUGAACGACAUCAACUCAUUUAACUAUGAUCUGCAAACACCUGUAUUCGAUGUCGGUGGCGAUUAUAUUUUAUCGCUUGUUUCCGUUAAGGACACCUCUGGGUGCUUGGUAGGCCUCAGUUCCUCUGACGCUCGCAUUGAGGUCCGUCGCGAUGUACCAUCAGCGGGUUUCAAUUCCUUUGAAAACCAUGAUGUAAUGUUGAUAAAGGAAGGUGCAUUCGCGGAGCUGCCACUAAGCUUGUCGGGUGUUGCUCCUUUCACAGUAUCUUAUCAGCAUUUUGAUUCGAAAGGAGAGCAUAUGGGAACCUACGACGCUACUUUUAUGUCAAGCUACAAGGCAGGACUAAAAGUUGAAAAAGAGGGCACAUACAAACUCAUGUCUGUUAAAGAUCGCAGCUGUUUAGGAAAGAUAAGCGAAUCUAAGGAAUUCAGUGUUGCAUUUUUAGAGAAACCCGGCUUCAAGGUUUUGGAGCAUAACAAGUUGUCUAAACAUGAUGAUAUGGUUUUCGCCAAAGAUGACGUCUGCGAGAAUUUUGAAGAGACAGUUGAUUUGGUAUUGAGUGGAUCCGCUCCUUUUGUUUUGUCUUAUGAGCUGAUGUCUCCCAGCGGCCAGAUUGCGUCGCGGUCCAUUCAAGUUGCUACGAAAUUCGCUUCGAUCAAGCUGCCGAAUGACAGGUCUGGGCAAUACACUUUGACUGUAAAGGGCGUCUCAGACUCUCACUAUACGGAGAAAGACCUAGCCAAGAUAGGGUUUACUACUCUUGAUGUUGUAGUUAAACAACAUGUUAGACCUUUGCCCGCAAUCGGAUUUGCUGAACCCGGCAAGACUUUCAGAACCUGCUCCGCAGAUGUUGACAACUUAUCAGGCCUUGAAAAGAUUGCGCUACAUGUCAAAAGUGGACGGGCCCCCUUCUCGGUUUCGUUUAGCAUUUACCAUGAAAGCACCAGCAAGACAGACUACGUCACGAUUGACAACGUCACAAAGAAAAAUUUUGACUUCUCUAAGCUUUUCAAAGGUUUGAAGCUUGGUACUCACAUUGUUACCAUGGGGAAGGUAGUUGACGCCAAUGGAUGUACCUCUGAAUCAGGAUCGGACAAGAAUCACAUCCUUAUUUCCAUAACGGAUGUCCCCCGAAUCUCUUUGGCGGAGCCAAACAUGGAGUUUUGCGUCGGCGAUUAUGUUGCUUACCAGCUGAGCGGCCUGGCUCCAUUUAACAUAAAGUAUGAGUUCAACGGUGUGCCAUUGAAAUCCAAGGAGCGUACUUCCCAAUUUGUUAGGUUGGCCUCUGAGGCAGGUAUCAUAUCUGUUCUUUCCCUGCAAGACUCAGCUUCUCAAUGCUUAGUUAACUUCACACGUCCUGGGAUGGAGCGAGAGUUUGAAGCUCUUUCUCUUGUUGUUCACCCAAUCCCUUCAGUCACAGUGUCGCGCGGCGACUAUAUUGUUGAAGAUAUUCAUGAGGGCGACCAGGCAGAAAUCAUUUUCUCGUUUGAAGGAACGCCCCCAUUCUCGCUGACAUACGUCAGAACUGAGGAGGUUGACGACAAGCGCGGUAAGAAAAGGCCGCAAAUUGUGGAAACUCACAAAGUUGAAGACAUUUACUCAUAUGAGUACCGCACUUUCACAAGUUUGCAAGGUAGAUACGAGGCAAUUGCCAUCUCUGACGCUUACUGCUUCGCCAAGAAUAACGCAUACUUUGCCUGA